AUGAAGGCGACAAAGAGACCGAUCCACACCGCAUCCACAUGGUUUCGGCGGCAACCGCCACAAAUGAAGGCUUUUCUGGGCGUGGCUUGCGGUGUGAUGGCCUUAAUGUUCCUCCGCAUGGUGGUUCACAAUCAUGACAAUCUCUUUGUGGCUGCCGAAGCCGUUCAUGCAUUAGGAAUCUCCUUACUCAUUUACAAGCUGACCAAAGAAAAUUCUUGUGCCGGACUUUCUCUAAAAUGUCAGGAACUAACAGCAAUGUUUCUAGGAGUUAGACUGUAUUGCAGUUUUGUGAUGGAAUAUGAUAUCCAUACAUUACUGGAUUUAGCAACAUUAGGAACAACCCUUUGGGUUAUUUAUAUGAUGCGCAUCACACUAAAUUCCACUUACAUGGAUGAUAAGGACAACUUUGCAAUUCAUUAUGUAAUAAUACCCUGUGCUGCCCUUUCCUUCCUCAUUCAUCCAGCAACAACACAUCACAUUGUUAAUAGGAUUCUUUGGGCCUUUUGUGUUUAUCUUGAAGCUGUUUCUGUUCUUCCUCAGUUAAGGGUCAUGCAGAACACUAAGAUUGUUGAACCAUUCACGGCACACUAUGUAUUUGCCCUUGGAAUAGCAAGGUUCUUGAGUUGUGCACAUUGGGUUCUACAGGUUAUAGAUACCAGAGGCCGUCUUCUAACAGCUCUAGGAUAUGGAUUGUGGCCUUCUAUGGUUCUCCUAUCCGAAAUUAUUCAGACUUUCAUCCUCGCUGAUUUUUGCUACUAUUAUGUCAAGAGCCUUUUUGGUGGACAACUUGUUCUUCGCCUUCCUUCAGGAGUCGUGUAA